AUGUCCCUGCUGGAGGACUACGAGCGACACUUCGACUCGCUCAACUCAGAUCUGGGCGGCGGGUCCGUGGUCAGCGAGCGGUCGGCGUCGGGCACGUUCAACGGCGAGGAGGAGAAGCUGCACUACAUUCCCAUCCGGAUCCUCGGGAGGGGGGCGUUCGGCGAGGCGACUCUGUACAGGCGCACGGAGGACAACUCUCUGGUGGUGUGGAAGGAGGUGGACCUGAACUCGCUGUCGGAGAGGGAGCGCAGAGAUGUCAUGAACGAGAUCAGCAUCCUCUCCAUCCUGGAGCACAACAACAUCAUCGCCUACUUCAAUCACUUUGUGGAUAAGAACACUCUGCUCAUCGAGUUGGAGUACUGCAAUGGAGGGAAUCUGUAUGAUCGAAUCAUCCAGCGGAAGGGGAAACUUUUCACUCAAGAGGUGGUCAUAUGGUACCUGUACCAGAUUGCCUCAGCGGUGGCCCACAUUCACAAGGCUGGGGUGUUACACAGAGAUAUCAAAACUCUGAACAUCUUCCUGACGAAGACUGACCUCAUCAAGCUGGGCGACUAUGGCCUCGCGAAGAAGCUGGGAUCAGAGUUUUCCAUGGCAGAGACUUGUGUGGGAACUCCAUAUUACAUGUCACCUGAACUGUGCCAGGGAGCAAAGUACAAUUUCAAAUCAGACAUCUGGGCCAUGGGUUGUGUACUUUUUGAAGUCUUAACCCUCACAAGAACAUUUGAUGCGACGAACCCUCUGAACCUCUGUGUGAAAAUAGUCCAGGGCAACUGGACAAUGGAUAUGAACUCGGACGUGUAUUCAUCUGCAUUGAUGAAGCUGGUGUACGAGUGCCUCGAUCAAGACCCUGCAAAUAGGCCGACGUGUGAGCAGAUUCUGGACCAGCCGUUCAUUUCUUGCCGCAGAAAGGAGCUUGAAGAGCGAGUUGCCCUUCUAAAUUCAGCCAUGAAGAAACCUAAGUUGAGUACGGCGAGCGAAAGCCCCGUUGCUGUGGUGACCACGCGCUCAAGGGAGGUGUACUUUUGGGGGGGAGGGAAGUUCACCCCCCAGAAGAUGGACAUGUUUAAAGGAGGCAGCAGUGCCCAACAUGUGUGUGCAGGAGAGAGUCACUUUGCAGUGGUGACGGUGGAAAAGGAGCUGUACACCUGGGCCAAUGUCCAAGGCGGAGCCAAGAUGGUGGGCCAGCUGGGGCAUGGAGACCAGGCCUCAUGUCGGCAGCCGAAGAGGGUGGAUAAGCUCCAGGGGAAGGCUAUCCUACAGGUGGCAUGUGGGGCGGACUUCACUGCCUGUGUCACCGAUGAGUACCAGAUGUACAUGUUUGGGUCAGACUAUUAUGGCUGCAUCGGAGUGGAGGGAGAGCUGGGAAUUGAGAUCUUGGAGCCAGUGCUUUUGGAGUUUUUUGAGGAGCGGCCAGUCCGUCAGGUUUCGUGCGGGGACAACCAUGUGGUGGUCCUGACUCAGAACGGGGAAGUCUUCUCCUGGGGCUGUGGAGAGUAUGGGCGUCUCGGCCUCGAGUGCGAGGAUGACUUCUCUUCCCCGAUGCAGGUAGAGCUUCCUAAAGGUGCCAUCAUCUCCUCAGUGUCAUGUGGUAGCGAUGGAACCUUUUACUUGACAGAAACUGGCAAAGUCCUAGCGUGUGGAAACAAUGAAUACAACAAGCUGGGUCUGAACCAGGGAAUCUCCGGUCUCAAAAACCACCCUGGGGAGGGUUACCAGGGGAUCCCAUACACCACCACACUGACCUUGGUAAAGCAGCUGUCGCGGUUCACGAUCCAGGUCAUAGUUCCAGGGAAGACCCACACCGCUGCAAUAGAUGAACGUGGUCGUCUGAUGACCUUCGGUUGCAACAAGUAUGGUCAGCUGGGCGUGAAGGACUUUAAGAAGCACCAGGGCGUCCAAGUGCUCGUUGGACCCUUUGGGGGGAAGAUAGUGACCAAAGUGUCGUGUGGAGAUGGAUUCACCAUCGCAGCCACUGAGGACAAUCAAAUCUUUGCAUGGGGGAAUGCAGGAAAUGGGCGACUCGGGAUGCCCCCCGAUAAGGGAUUUGGUUCGGAGGUUUGCCCUGCCAUGCCAAGGCCCAUCUUUGGUUCCCUCCAUCAUGUACCAGACCUCUCUUGCCGUGGCUGGCACACCAUUAUCAUAAUGGAGAAAGUGCUCAACUCCAAGACUAUUCGCUCCAACAGCAGUGGACUAUCAGUUGGACUGGGCCAGGAGGCAUCUACGUCCACAGUGGAUCUGGACAUGGAGCCUGUUUCAGAGACUGAGGGUCGUGACAGAGGUCUUGGGGGAACAAUGGAGGACAAUACAGAGGAAUGCUUCAUGGAGACCCCGAUGAUGUCGAUGACCAAUCAGACUGGGGACAGCUCCUGCCCUCUGUGGCUUAGAAAGGAGCUCGAGGACGCAGAGUUCAUCCCGAUCCCGGAAGGCUCUGAGCUGUCCACUCCUGACCAGCUCUCUUCUGUCUCUGAGAACGUCACUCUGCCUUAUGAGGAUCUGAAGGAGCUGAAGGCUGCUGCAGCAGCUGUCAGCACUAAGAAAGACCUCUCGACUAAACGAAUGGGCUGUGAUAACAUCAAUGGACUGGAGGCGACGCGCGUCUACACAAAAGGAGAAUCGAGCGCAUGCUGCAAUGCCGGCAGCGAGGUCACACAGCUGCGAGAGACGGUCGCUCAUCAAGAGACCAGGAUCCAGAUGCUUGAGAAGCAGGUCAAUGAGCAGCAGAAGGAGAAUGAGAGGCUCUGGGCGGCGAUCAACUGUUCAGCUCUACGGGAUGCAGGGCGCGACAAUAAUGGCAACCAUCACUCCGAUCGUAUGCCCGGGGAUGUCGGGGGAAGGGGAGGUGGAUUCUCAAACCACGGGAGCAGAUCCGCAGGGGCCAGUGUGUGAGCCUCCGCCCACAGGUGGUGUCCAGAUUAUGGGAGCAGUGUCACAACUCACACCGCAUACUGAAAUAAGAAGCUGGUUAGGUGGGAAGUGGGAGGGUCGGUCAGAGGUGCAGUACACGGAGCAUCCUCAUGUCCGCUCACAAUGGUUACAUUACAGUUUACAUUGUUUGGCAGAGCGCUUAGGUUGCAUGAUUACAUUUUACUGCGUAUGUAAUACUGCGUAACACCCUUGCACACUCUCACAUGCACACUUGUGUUCACCCGGGUGCAGUGAUCUAGCUAGUUUCUCCACAGACUGAAAUGUUGGCUGGAUUCAACAUGAAUGCAUUGGACCGUGACAAGCGCGAGAGACAAUCUGGUCAUAGUGUUGCUCGGCAAUAUGAAUGGUAAAUCGAUGUGUCGGCGGUAUAACUAUUGACUUUUAGCGAUGUCAGCACUGAGGCGUCAGUCCUUAUUGAGUCCGACAUUCGUAUUGAUCACGUAAAGGGCGAGACCAGCUCAUGCAAAUAGGAAACAAUCUCCUAAUGCAUCCAAAGUAAAGGUCUUCUUUUUUUGUUAGCUGUUCAGCCUUGCAGCCAGUAUGUUGUUGUCCAUACUUGGCCUUUUAAUGUGAAAACAUACCUUCUUUAAUAUCACUUAGCUGGUAAUUAGUUUAAUUUCAUCUGAAAGUGCCAACAGCAUAGCCUCUAAAACGGUCAUAUUCAUCAGACUAUUAGCUAUUGCAAACAUAUUCUCGUUAUCUAAUGCAAAUAAAUACUUAAAAAUUUUUUUGCCUGUUUUAUUGUCUUACAAAGAGAAUUUGUGUGAAACACGAAACUACUGAUUAAUUUUUUUUUAACAAGUAGGUUUUCUUAUUUCCGUCUUUGUCUCUUGAAUUGCCGUUGGUUGGCCUUUCUUCUUUAUGUAUGAACACGUGGAAAACAUGGGUCUUUAAGCAAUUGUUAAACAGCUGACCUUGAAGCUCUUACGUUGUUGUUGUUGUCUUUUUUCUUAUUGCAUUUUUUUAAAACAUUUUUUCUGUUUUUGGUACUUCCUGAAAUGUGUUGGAGGGAAAAAAAGAAUAAUUUGCGGAUGCAAAUAUAUUUUUUUGUUUGUUUGAGAUCUGUUGGUUUUGUUUAUUGUGUGUGUGUGUGUUACAACAAAUAUAUGUGUAAAAACCUUUUAUCAUAAUUAACUGACAAGCUAGUAACUUGCGGACAGAUAACCAUCUGUAAAAUGCUAUGUUAAAUACAGACAGUACCUUACAUGCUAUUGAAACCAAAGUUAAAGCAAAUAUGACUUAGCCAUGCCUUAGGUGAUUUUUUUUGACAGCAUUUAAUAUGAGGUUUACUCCCCCCAACAGUUUUCCAAGUAUUGUGGACAUGUAACUGUUAUAUAAAGAAAGACUCUUUGGUCACAGUGUUGCUUCCUGCUUUCUGUAAAAGCCAUAAAUAAAACAGCUGUCUUUUG